AUGGAUACAAUAACACUUGUUCUUCUAUCUGUGCUGUAUACUGAAUGCAUCGCUGGAGUCAUAAUAAAUCUCAUCAUUGUGGCUGCAAAUCUCAUGAAAUGGAAAACAAUGAAAUCUCUUCAUAUUGGGGAUAAAAUCCUCAGCUCUUUGGCAACUUCCAGAAGCUUAUACCUCUUCAUUAUCUUCAUCUUUCAUCUUUCUAUUCUACUGGAUUUAUGGAAGAACACGUUUCUGGCUGAGUCUAUAAUAGUAAUAGUCACAAUGGUUUUACAUUCUAGUAAUCUCUGGUUUGCCACCGUCCUCUGUGUCUUUUACUGUGUGAAGAUUACAAGCUACAACUGGAAGUUCUUCAUCUUUCUGAAGACCAAGAUCUCCACCCUGGCUCCAUGGUUCCUUCUGGCUUCUCUGCUCAUUUCUAUAUCUUCUAGUCUUCCACUUGUUUGGCACUUUUAUGAAAUACAGAUACAGAAUCUUGCAAAUAUCUCAAUCACAAAUAUGACUCUAUCAAGAUAUGUGGAGGAUGAUAACAUUCAUAUCAGGUUCAUUCUUUUCCUCAUCAUCUCAUGUCCACCAUUCCUAGUAUUCUUGGCUGCAGACUGCCUGUUACUUCACUCUCUUUGGAUGCACACCAGACGGAUGAGGAGCUCCGGGUCCGGAUUUCGAAGCCCAAACUUGGAGUCUCACUUCAGUGCUGUGAAGAGUAUCAGCUUCUUCUUAGUGUUACAGGUUAUAUACUUUUGUACAACAGUGUAUUCAUUUCGUGCUGGGUACACAAGUAUAAUUGAAUCCUUUAUCAAACUAAUAGUAAUAUGCAGCGCACCCUUCCUCCAUUCACUUUACAUCAUCGAUUCCAACAGUGAAUUAAAAAAGACAUGUAUCUCAAUGUUCUAUAGUAUUUCAUGCUGUGUUCAAAGAUGGAAACUAUAA